AUACGACAAAGUGAAAAUUAUAUUAUGUAUGUGAGCACGUGAUUCGGAUCAUGAUACUUAAGACCUAACUAAAAGGGUAAAAGGGUUAAUGCGAAGUCGUGUCCUUUCUCCAAAAAACAUCUGAGGUGUGGAUGUUCUACAGUCUGAAAAAUUUCGAGAAGAGUGUGUAGGAAAAAAAAUAAGUGAAAACCCUUAACUACGGAGAGCCCCCAGCGAUAGAAAAGUCCAUCGGAAACUAUUUCAGAGUUAGGAAGAACAAACUAAACCAUGGGCAAGAGAAAGGCAGCUCAAGUGAAGUUUGCUUCCGAAGUUCAGGAGAGGCAAAUCGAAGUAGAAGAUGAGGAAAGGGAAGAAUCUCAGUAUGGUAAUGAAGCACAAGACCGCAGAGAUGAGAACCACGAAGACGAAGAGGAACAGUUAGAAAAUGGAUUUGAUGAAGAAGAUGAAGAAGAAGAUGAUGAAGAUUCUACAAGUGGAACUGGAGGAUCGUCUACGCAACGUCCUACUAAAAAGCAAAAGAAGCAACUUACAGCUCAAGAUAUUCAAGUAGCUCGAGAAACCGCUGAAUUAUUUAAAUCAAAUAUCUUUAAACUUCAAAUCGAUGAAUUAAUGAAAGAAUUGAGAAUAAAGGAAUCUCAUAUUCAUAAGAUAGAAAAGGCCUUACAUCGAUUACAUGAUUUAAUUUCUAAGAUUCCUCCUAUUCAAAAAUUAACCUUACAACAAGCAGAAGGACAUUUUAAUUCUAAAAAAGUAGUAAUCCCAUUCCCCGAUCCAAAACCAACAAAACUUAAUUAUACAUUUUCAUAUUUACAACCAGAAGAUGUAUCACUUGUUGGUUCAUUUGGUUUAAAAACAGGUAUAUCUCAACCUCAUGGUCUGACUAUAGAUGUAGCUAUAACUAUGCCUCGAGAAUUAUUUCAACCAAAGGAUUAUUUAAAUUAUAGAGCUUUAUAUAAACGAGCAUUUUAUAUGGCUUAUUUAGCUGAUCAUUUAAUUCCUUUAUCAAAAAAGAAUAAUUUACCAAUAAAGAUAUCUCAUCAUUUUUUAAAUGAUGAUAUAUUAUGUCCAGUAUUAAGAUUAGAAAGUAUUAGUACUGAUAAUCCUGAAGAUUUAACAUUUCAUAAAACUAAAUUUUCUAUCAAUUUAAUUAUUUCAUUCCCAUUUGGAAUCUUUGAUAAUAAAAAAUUACUUCCAGAUAAAAAUUGUAUAAGAGUUCAAGCUGAUACAGAAGAAUUACCUCCAACUCCACUAUAUAAUGCUACAAUAUUAUCAAUGACAAGUUUUGAUUAUUAUUUAAAAUAUUUAUAUACCACUAAGAAAUCUACAGAAGCAUUUAAAGAUGCAUGUAUAUUAGGUAGAUUAUGGUUAAAACAACGAGGUUUUGGUUCAUCAAUUAAUGAAGGAGGAUUUGGACAUUUUGAAUUUGCAAUUUUAAUGAGUGCUUUAUUAAAUGGUGGAGGUUUAAAUGGUAAUAAAAUCUUACUUCAUGGAUUUUCUUCUUAUCAAUUAUUUAAAGGAGUUAUUAAAUAUCUUGCAACAAUGGAUUUAAGUUCAGGUUAUCUUUCAUUUUCAAGUUUAAUUGGUGAAAAUAUUACUUCAAAAUAUGAUUCUGCUGGAUUUAAUGUUCCAACUAUAUUCGAUAAAAAUAUUAAAUUAAAUAUACUAUGGAAAAUGACUCAAUCUACUUAUCAAAAUUUACAAGAUCAAGCUCAAGAAUCUUUACAUUUAUUAAAUGAUGUAGUUAAAGAUAGAUUUGAUUCAAUCUUAUUACAAAAUUCAAACUUUGAUCAUAUGAAAUAUGAUAUUGUAUUGAAUCUUUCAAUCCCCACUGAUUUACAAGAUUCUUUUGGUCCAUUGGAAAAAAUUUCCUUUAUAAGUUUUGAUAAUUUUGUUAAGAAUAAAAUUUAUGUUAUAUUAAAAAGAGCUCUUGGUGAAAGAAUUACUUCACUUGUUAUUAAAAGUGAAAAAGUUAGUAAUUUAUUUCCAAUAAGUAAGAGAAAACCAACUAAUUCUUCAAAUAAUUAUAUAAUUGGAGUUAAAUUAAAUCCAGAAGAAUGUGAUAAAUUGGUUACUAGAGGUCCAAAUAAUGAUGAACAAGAAUUAGGGUUGAAAUUUAGAGCAUUCUGGGGUUCAAAGGCAUCAUUAAGAAGAUUUAAAGUGGGAACUAUUCAACAUUGUGUAGUUUGGACUCCAAAAGAUAAUGAACCAUUAGUAUUAUCUAUCGUUAAAUUUGCUCUUGAUUUACAUUUACAUCCAGAAAUAUCUCAACAUUUAACUACAGAAAUCACCAGUUUUACUGAUAAACUCCCACUUCCAUUAUUACCAUCAUCAUCUAAUCAAGUUUCAGCAUCAACUACUAGUUUCACAUCCUUAAGAACUUCAUUCGAAAAUAUGAAUAAAAUAAUUACUAAUUUGAACUUACCAUUAGGUGUUAAAUCAAUUUCUGCUGCUUCUACUGGUUUAAGAUUCUCUUCAUUAUUACAACCAGUUCCAUUUGCAGUAUCUAAUCCUGAUUUCUGGAAUGAUGUAGUUCUUACAUUUGAAACAUCCACAAGGUGGCCCGAUGAAAUCUCUGCUUUGGAAAAGACAAAGACUGCUUUCUUAUUAAAGAUAAAUGAACUUCUUAAUAAUGAUACAACUUAUAAGUCAUUUAUUACAAAAGAUGAUUCUAUUCCAUUUAAUGAAAAUAUUACUUUAUUAAAUGUUUUAACUCCAGAAGGUUAUGGAUUUAGAAUCAGAGUAUUAACUGAAAGAGAUGAAGUUUUAUACUUAAGAGCCGUUGCCAAUUCUGAAAAGCAAAAGGCUUUAAUGCAAGAUGUUUACCUUAAAUUUAAUCAAAAAUAUAUUGGUGCAGUUAAACAUACUAGGACAGUUACACAAUUGGCACAUCAUUUCCAAUUUUAUUCAUCUACAGUUAGAUUAUUUAAAUUAUGGUUGGAUUCUCAAUUACUCUUACAGCACUUCACUGAUGAAUUGAUUGAAUUAAUUGCUCUUAAACCAUUUGUUGAUCCAGCUCCAUACUCAGUUCCCCAUUCUCUUGAAAAUGGAUUUUUACAAAUAUUAAAUUUCCUUGCUAAUUGGAAUUGGAAAGAAGAAUCGUUAAUCUUGGAUCUUGUUAAAAGUUCAGUUACUACAGAAGAUGAAAAAUUAAAUGAUAAAUUAACCGUUCAAGCUUAUAGAAUUAUUGAACAAAAUUUUGAAAAAAUCAGAUCAACUGAUCCUUCUGGAAUCAAAACUCAAUUCUUUGUUGCUUCAAAGGAUGAUCCUUCUGGAAUUUUAUGGUCAAAUCAAUUAGCAUUACCAAUUUCAUCAAGAUUAACUGCUUUAACUAGAGCCGCCAUUCAAUUAAUCAAGAAAGAUGGAUUAUCUGAUUCUACUAUAGAUUUAAUUUUCACCCCAGCAUUGAAGGAUUAUGAUUUUGCCAUAAAUGUAAAAUCAGUUAAUUUAACUUCAUCUUCUGGUAUUUUACCACCAAAUACUUUUAAGAAUUUAAUUACUCCAUUAACUUCGUUCCCUAAUGAUAUAUCUACAAAAUAUGAUUUGAUUCAAGCUUAUGUUGAUGAAUUAAAUAAGAAAUAUGGUAAUAGCAUUAUAUUCUCCUCCAAGAAGUUUACAGGUGUUGGUGAAGGAGAUUCAAAUGUUGUAGCUGGAAUCUUUGUCCCCAUGGCUUUGAAUAAAAAGAAGUUCAGAGUUAAUAUUGGGGUUAAUUCUAAACCAGUUGAAGAUCUGUCAGGUGAAUUGGUUAUAAACAAAGAAGCCAUUUAUAAUCAAAUGACAUUACUCGGUGGAGAUUUGGUCCAAUCUAUAAAGAUCCGUAAAUAGUCUUGUAUAAUUAUCGUAAGUAACUAAUAAUAGUAAUAAUACGGUUGCAUACAAAAAGUUUUGCAGCAAUUCUUUUUUUU